CUAGAGAAUGAUGCAACUUUUGGUGAAGAAAGGGUUUUCGUCUCUCUUUUUCUUCUCAGUUGUAUGAAAAUGGCGUGUGCUAGUUACUUGAGGAGAAAGUUCCCGUUCAAUAAGAAACAGGUCCGCGUUAUAGCUGGACUUUUCAUCUGUCUGUUCUCUAGUGCUUUCUCUAUUACGAUGUUGUUCCCUUUCCUUCCGUUCAUGGUGGAAUUUUUAAUACCCUCACUGAACCCAACAUCAGUAGGUACUUAUGCUGGUUUUAUUGCAUCGUCAAUGUUUGCUGGAAGAUUCUUUGGAAGUUACAUAUGGGGCCUUAUUGCUGAUGGGUGGGGCAAGAGGCGUGUCAUAAUCCUCAGUGAACUCUUACUCGGACUCACGUCAAUGUUCUUUGGUUUUAGUGUCAAUAUAUACAUGGCCUGCGUCUUGAGGUUUCUUGUAGGACUCUCCAACGGUAUUAUUGGUACAGCAAAGGCUGCACUGAGUGAAGUAACAACUAAUAAGACACAGCCGCUGGGACUGGCAAUAUUGACCUCAUCUUUUGGUAUCGGAAUAGUAAUAGGACCAGCUGUUUCUGGAGCUAUAGCUGACCCGAUCAACCAGUAUAACUUGACUAUUAACAAUGCGGUCAUUAAUGAUUGGUUGACCAGAUUUCCCUACAGUCUUCCGUGUAUAGUGAAUCUAUUUCUGUGUCUUAUUUCUGUUGUUGCUGCCAUCUGUCUCAUACCAAAUACACUAUCUGAUGCUGUUGUACGAGAGAAAGAUGAAAGCUCUGACUAUCACUCGUCAAGUGUUCCUUCACUUGAUGAGGAACAGCAGGAGCAAAAGGAAGAGGGAGAGGGAGAAGGUCAAGCUGCUCAUCAUGAUACCCUUUCAAUUGACAGUGGGUUGGAUGAGCAGCAAAGAGAUCUCAUAAAUCACGAAGAGACUGAAAAGACUAAUAUCACAGAAACUGAAGAUAGAAUUGGCAUUGAAUAUAAAAAUACUUUUAAAAGGAAAGCCUCCUAUGUAUUAAGUAUCAUACCAGGCCGUAGAAACUCUGCAUCACUUCAAUUUGUGAAAUUACCAGUUGCUAAACGACAGCCUUUAGCUAAUAAUAAUAAUGGAGUGAUACAUGAAGAUCAAGAAGAAAUAGAAAUGAAAGAAAUAGGAGGAGAUGGUCACACUGAAGAUGGUCAUAUUGAAGAUAGUCUGAUAAUGAAGGAAAGAAGUCCUUUGUCAAGGAAAGAAAAAGCAAAAAAUAAAAUGAUGUCUUUUAGAAAAGGUGUCACAAUUGCCCUCAAGGACUUGAAAAUGUUUAUGAAGGAUAGGAACACAAGACUAACUCUUCUUAUAUACUGUGCAUUUUCAUUUGUCAUCAUUGGAUUUGAUGAAUUGUAUUCACUGUGGUGCUCCACUUCAGUCUAUUCAGGAGGAAUAGGCUUCAAUCUUCAUGAGAUUGGCAUAUCACUAAGUGUUGUGGGGGUAAUCCUACUACCUUUCACAUUCAGUUUCUUUCCAUUGAUGGAGAAGAAGCUAGGCUCUAUUAGAUCUUUCCAGAUCAUGGGUAUAAUGGAAUUCUUUUUCAUUGUCUUAUUUCCUAGUCUACACUUCCUUGUACUGUUGAACAGUCGUGUGUAUUUAUGGCUAGUGAUGGUUAUUGUCCUCUUUAUCAUAAGGCUAGCCACUACAGCUGGUUUUGCCGCCACUUCUUUGUUUAUUAAUAAUUCAGUGACUCCUGACAAGUUAGGAGCUAUUAAUGGACUAGCUGUAUCAUUAACAUCAUUGUUUAGGUGUAUUUCUCCAUUAUUUGUUGGUACUAUUUAUUCAGCGUCUUUAUCUAAAACUACCCAAUCGAUAGGCUUCCCAGUUGACUAUCAUCUGAUAUUUAUAAUUCUUGGUUUUAUUUUACUCGUUGUUGUUCUUCUUACAACUUGUCUCCCUAGCUCUAUUAACAGGAUCAAGAUUAGAGAAACAAGACUAUGAUUAAGAGGAAUCUACUACUCUGGAUAAUAAUUUUAUUUAUCAUGUAUUUAUUCAUUCAUUAUGAUUCGUUAUGAUUACACUUAAUACACUGUCCA